AUGUGCAGUUUCCUCGUAACAACUCUUGCUGCAGCACUCUUAAGGAAUUUGACCUACGUCAAUUUCUUUCAGCAAAUGCGAGGUCCUGAUGGCACAUCGAUCCUUCAUGCUGCAGAUGGGACGAACGGAUACACUUUCGUUAAGGCUCGUAAUUGUACUAGUAGGCUAGUUGUAUAAAAAAAGCUUUUUAUUUCUCUAGUUCUAGUCGAAGUCGUCUUGAAAUUGAAAAUAGUCGCCGUGGUCUACUUGUGGAUUAUUGGCACAGCGUAUCAUUUUUGUCUUUUUCCUUUCUCCUCUGCUGCAGGUUGUAGAGGUGAGAAGGCAACGAACUACUGCUACGAGUUACGAAGAAUUAGAAGCGUGAUAACCUGCGUUUGUGAUGAGGAUGUCCGAGAAGUACAACAUCACCGUCAUUAUUGUUGUGGACUGUGUCUGAAUCUAAGAUUCUCCAUAAUCUGCUGUCGCAGACACAGACUUUUCUCGAUAGCGGUGGCGCGACAUGGCAACCGUUCCAGGAGGGCCGAAUAUUCGCCGUCUUUAAGGCAACCAAGAGAGCAUCCUGAGCAUCAUCCGUGGCCCUUCUUCUAGUUGAAUAAGGGGACAAGGAUGCACUCAGGGAUGUCAACGAGCUCUAAUGUCUUCAAUGGCGAAAUUUACAACUAUAG